AUGAAUAUAAUGAAGAGCUAGGUUUGGCUUUCGAAUAUAGUGGUAACCAACAUUAUCAAAUUGUGCCUUUUUUUCAUCUGCAAGACCAAGUAAAUUUAGAUACGCAAAUCUGGCGUGAUUGGGCUCAUUCCAAUCAAUUGAGUUGGGCUAUCAUUCAUAUUAUCAACAAUUUUUCUUGCAAACUGCUCACAUUCUCUACAGCGCUUGCCAGUAGGUAG